AGGUACCGCCCUGUCACGUGAUUGAGGGAAUCAUGGCGUCCUCCCGGAGGCGGCUGCUGUGUGUGCGCUCCGGGGCGCUCAGCCUCUUAUUUUACUGCGUUUAUUCGCACCUGCAGCUGGUCCUGAGCGAGGAGGCAGAGAACUGCCAGAACCUGAGACUCGGACAGUAUAAAUGCAAUGAUCCAAAGAUUGACGAAUCCACUCAGGAGCCAGAGAACUGCAGGGACAUGACGGCGUCGGUGGAGUGCCUCCCAGCUCCAAACAUCAGCUGUCGGCUCUCCAACGGGACGGUGUUCAGGUUUAGCGGGGACGAGGUCGGCUUCAACAAAUCCAUCCCCUGCAGGAAUGUGAGUGGUUAUUCCUACAAAGUGGCCGUGGCAUUGUCUCUGUUUCUGGGCUGGCUCGGAGCAGAUCGCUUCUACCUGGGAUAUCCUGCUCUGGGAUUGUUGAAGUUCUGCACUGUUGGUUUCUGUGGGAUCGGCACACUCAUCGACUUCAUAUUGAUCGCCAUGCAGAUCGUGGGUCCAGCGGAUGGAUCAAACUACAUCGUGGAUUAUUACGGUGCCCGUCUGACCCGUCUGUCCAUCACCAACGAGACUUUCAGGAAGCCACAUCACUCUCUGUGACCUCACCUGGAUGCAGCCUGCCUCUCCAUCAGUGCAGUAAAUUCAGACCUGCUGUGAAGAAAUCCCUCCUCAUCUUCAGUUCUGUUUGAAUCUAUUUAAUGGUCACUCCGAAUCAUCCUUAAAAAAAACACUUAAUUGCACUUUUGUUUUUUUUGGCUUGCUGACAUGUUGCCCCACCCAUUCCUGUCUCUAAGUUAUUCUGUUUGUCAUGAAGACUUUGUAAAUAAAGUUUCUUUUUGUUAAUCUA